CGGCGGGCCGGGCGGGGAGCCGCUGCGUGCCGCCGCGGGUGCGGGCCCGCGGGCUGCGGGAGGCGCGAGCCGCUCCCGGUGCCGUGACGGUGAGCGGCGGGAUUGUGACGCGCAGCCGUGGAAGGGCACCGGGCUGGACGUGGGCGCAGGCACCAGGGCCGGCUCUCGGCGGGCUCGGCGCAGCCGUUGCGGCGGUUGGAGAGCGUUGUUGCCCGCCGCCUGCAGCGGGAGGUGCGAGAUGCCCGUGUCCCUUGCUUCCUGAGGAGAUGCUCACAUAGAAGAGUGACAAGCUGUCGUCCAUUUGUGAGCACUGACCCACCUCCUCAGGUACCCUGGCUCUGGAAACUGCUAUGGGAGAUUGGAUGACUGUUACAGAUCCAGGUCUGUGUGCAGAAAACAAAAAUCUCUCUCAAUAUACCUCAGAAACAAAGAUGUCUCCAUCAAGUUUAUACUCCCAGCAAGUGCUAUGCUCUUCAAUACCUUUAUCAAAAAAUGUGCACAGUGUUUUCAGUGCCUUCUGCACAGAAGAGAACAUUGAACAAAGUAUUUCAUAUCUGGAUCAGGAACUGACUACCUUCGGUUUUCCUUCCUUAUAUGCGGAACCCAAAAGUAAAGAGACGAAAAGAGAGUUAAAUAUAGUUGCUAUUCUCAACUGCAUGAAUGAGCUGCUUGUGCUUCAGCGGAAGAACCUUCUGGCCCAGGAAAGUGUGGAAACACAGAAUCUGAAGCUGGGCAGUGACAUGGACCACCUGCAGAGCUGCUAUGCCAAACUCAAGGAACAGCUGGAGACCUCCAGGCGAGAGCUGAUUGGUCUGCAGGAGAGAGACAGGCAGUUACAGUGCAAAAACAGGAAUUUGCAUCAGCUACUGAAGAGUGAGAAAGAUGAGGUACAAAAAUUACAAAAUAUCAUAGCCAGUCGGGCCACUCAGUAUAAUCAUGAUAUGAAGAGAAAAGAGCGUGAAUACAAUAAACUAAAGGAACGUCUGCACCAGCUCGUCAUGAACAAGAAGGAUAAAAAGAUAGCCAUGGACAUUUUAAAUUAUGUGGGUCGAGCUGAUGGAAAACGAGGCUCAUGGAGGACUGAUAAAACAGAAGCCAGGAAUGAAGAUGAAAUGUACAAAAUCCUGCUGAAUGAUUAUGAAUGCCGCCAGAAGCAGUUCCUAGUAGAGAACGCGGAGCUGAAGAAAGUCCUCCAGCAGAUGAAGAAGGAGAUGAUUUCCCUCCUUUCUCCCCAGAGGAAAUCCAGAGAGAAAACAGAGGACGGCGCAGGCACUGUCGUUAUCUCUGAUAUUGAGGAAGAUGCUGGAGAGCUGAGCAGAGAAAGUGUGUGGGGCCUUUCCUGUGAUACUGUGAGAGAGCAGCUUACCAACAGCAUCAGAAAACAGUGGAGAAUUUUGAAAAGUCAUGUAGAAAAACUUGAUAACCAAGUUUCGAAGGGACAGUUGGAAGGCCUUAAUGAUGAGGACGUCAUCUCUCGACAAGACCAUGAACAAGAGACGGAGAAACUGGAGUUAGAGAUUCAGCAGUGCAAAGAGAUGAUCAAGGCCCAGCAGCAGCUCUUACAGCAGCAGCUGGCCACCACGUGUGACGAUGACACCUCCUCGCUGCUGCGAGACUGCUACUUGCUGGAGGAAAAGGAGCGCCUCAAAGAGGAGUGGUCCCUUUUUAAAGAGCAGAAAAAGAAUUUUGAGAGAGAAAGACGAAGCUUUACAGAAGCUGCUAUUCGCUUGGGGUUGGAGAGAAAGGCAUUCGAGGAAGAGCGAGCCAGCUGGUUAAAGCAGCAGUUUCUAAACAUGACGACCUUUGACCACCAGAACUCAGAAAAUGUGAAACUUUUCAGUGCCUUCUCAGGAAGUUCUGAUCCAGACAAUCUACCAGAGCGCUCACGGCCACGGCAAAAGAAGCCACACGGCGUGGCUAAUGGGGUGCCAGCUUGCACAUCAAAACUGACUAAAUCUCUUCCUGCUUCACCUUCUACUUCAGACUUUUGCCAGACGCACGCCUGUGUGUCUGAACACAGUUCAAUCAGUGUACUGACUAUAACUCCUGGAGAAACUAAACCAAAUGAAGCUGGAAGCGAGUGUACAAAUCAGAAGUGGAGUGCGGUGUCCAGGCCCGGCUCCCGGGAAGGUUGCUACAGUGGAUGCUCCUCAACCUAUACAAACUCUCACGUGGAGAGAGAUGACUUACCUUAGGUGCACGGGCCGUGGUGUUUUCACUGAAGUGUGUGUCAGAGUUCACACUGAGUUAAAACAGGGUGUGUCAUAAAGUCAGUCAUCUAACCUAAGAUGGUCUGAGUUGUUUGUCUGGACUCCCUGUCUUCCCCCAAAGAGCUGAAACGCUGACUAUUUAAAAGGAUGCAAAAGCUUUGGUGUGUGUCAGUAACAGAAGCCUCUGGCUCUGUGACUAGAGGGAUGUGUGGCGUUUGGAUGGAAACAGAAGCGCUAGGAUGCUCUCCUCUUCCAGGUACUGAAAAUAGCACUUUUAGGGGACUGAUUAUUGUAAACUUUAAAUUUUUGUCCCAAAUAUGGUUGGCAUUGGAAGUUUAGCCUUUACUUGAAUGUAUACUGUAGAUUUUUAACAAAGCAAGUUCUAUAUUUAUUAUGUUUAGUGUGAUUUUGGGAUUACCUCUUUCAUAUGUUUUACAAAAGUGAAAUUUAUGUCUGUACAUAUAUACGUGAUUAUGUUAAGAGGCUUUAAAGUUUAAAGAUUUCACACAAUGCUUGAGUAUAGUCUUCAUGCCAUAAAAAGGUUCCAGUGGCACUGUGUUUACAGAUGUAUUAGGACCACUGCCACGUGACAGUUACGAUGUUAUUUUUAAGCCAUCUGGGAAAUAAGAAUUCAAAGCUACUUCGUGAAAGCUGAGUUCAGAUAAUUAGAUCUACUAACAUUACAUUUUUGAGAUUUUUAAAGCAUUAUAUUUUAUUUUAUAUAUGUGAAUGCUAUAAUUUCUAAGCGGAAUAUUGAUUAUGGAGGAAUGGGGGAGAGACAAAAGUAUCUUUGAAUAACAAUAUAAGAGCAUUGGUUUAAGAUAUUUGGAUGAUAACGGAUAUUUAAGAGAGCCAGAUGGUGAUAUUUUCCUCACCAAAUGGGUGCCAGUGCAGGAAUAUCUGUACCAGCUAGGGCUUUAUAUCAUUGCCAAUACUUUUGUAAUUAAAACAUUUUCAACUAGGUACUACUAGUAAAGAAUGAGACAGUGUAAAACAUUGACUUUUAUAAUUGCGAUGUAACACUCGACACGCCCGUGUCGUUCAUUUUCAGAACAAUCUUCAGCUCUUUUGUGUCUGUUGUUUCUGCUGCAUGUUUCUUCAUGGGAACUAUGUUACUAUUAAUAGUAAUGACAACAAUAAUAAAUGUAGACCUAGGCCCAGGCUUCUCCUGGAUGGAUUUUCACCCAAAAGCUUUUAAGUGCCUCACCCUACUUGUCUGCCCAUAGACGCCUACUCAAGUCCUUGCUCGAUCAUGCAGGUUAGUCCCGUCUGCCUUUCUCUUUCCUUGCCCCUAUUGUGGCUCUUGCAUUAAAUUCAUCAUGCUACCAAAAGAGAAAACUUGUAUUGUCCAUUUACUGUGUGACUGUGGGGUUAUGCUGCAGCCGCCAUUUAUCAGGGGCAGGUACGAUAGCACCACCUGAGGAGGCAUUGCUGCUGAGUAAAUGUCCCUUGCCAUGCUCGCAGUCCCAGGAGCUAGCUCUUGAGUGUGUUGCUGCCCUGAGCCAGUGCAGGGGCACGCCCUUGCUCUUUAAACUUGGACAUUUCAGAGAUACUGCUGUGGUCCAAAGGAGGAAACGCAGCUGGCGUAUCAUUACUUGCUGUUGAAGAAAGGCAAUCAGAGUUCUGAAAGUAGUCACUGAUGAUUUCUUUCCACGUUCCCACAGGGGCUGUCUCUGACAGACUUUGCCAGAUACAAACAUUCCUGGUUUUCAUGAAAACUGUGCUGCUCUGCAUGAGGAGGGUUUUCUGGAAAGGAGCACCUGCUGUUUUGCUGUGGUUGCAUCGCAGUGUGGGCUGAAUUUUCAUACUGCAAAGGCAUCCCUGAGACUCUGAAGUGUGAAGGGAGCCAUGGAAGAAAGCCAGGUCCCUUUAGGAAUGUGCACAGAUCUGCCAGAAGCUGUGCAUCAGCCCUUGUUUUGCUACCCAUUCCGGUUCUAAAAUGAUCCCUAAUCACCUGCUGAGACAGUCAGGUGCUGCUGUGUUGGAAAGCAUGCGUCCACAGGAAAGCUCCUGGGAUUUUGUGUCUCUUCUUUUGCAGACAUUUGCAAUGUGCAACCAACACAGUCAUGCUGGUCUUCAUGACUCAGUCAUGCCAGUAUCUUUUCGAUCAAAAGCCUCCUGGUAAUCUUACAUGCUUUCCUAUUUAUCAAUAUGGAAAUCUGAAACUUUGUACCUCAAGUUGGUUUUUACAUACUGAACAUGCUCAUUUUGAAUUUUCAAAGCCUAAAAAUGGCAAUAAAAACCUAAGAUAGUUUCCUACUCUUAAAUAACUUAUUUCCAGUGACUAGAAACUCAAUAGAAAGACCAGUGACAGAAGAAAAGAAGACUUAAGAUUUAAGAAAGGAGUAUUUUCUUACAGAAGCAAUAUAUUAAAUUACUUAGGUUCCCAGAAGUAGCUACCCAAAGUUGUUUGCCUUGUUGUUUACUGAAAUACAGAAUGUUGUUUGGGAAUGAUUCUGUGGUUCCUAGCCUAGCUAAGCAGGAUUGCCUAAAGGCUUGUAGUAUUCUGUAGUGCAUGAUGUGGACAGCGCCUAAAAUCAAGUUUUAAUUCCCCCCCCCCUUAUGGUAGGGCGUGUGAAAGGCCUUGGGACCCCAGCCGAGGCUUCCAAAGUGUGGGGGCUUGGAGCACUGUGAGUUCGCACAGGCCUCCUGUGGUUGUCCUGCUGUAAAAAAUCUGCCAAGUGUAUAUACCUGUGGAGGACAUGUUCUUGGAACUUCAGUCAGUAUACUGCCCAGUGUUUGUGCUUGCUGGGUUUGCCCUGUCAGUCCCAGAGGACAGAGAUGGGGGAUGGACACACUGCCCAUGGUUGAGAAUCCCUGAGCUGAAUGCCAGCUGUAUGACCUGUUAGGUUAGUCACAUGUUUGGGCUGUUCCAGGUCUCCUCGCCCACCCAUUUACCACAGUGCUCGGCUUUCAAGUGAGCCCACCAGGGCUUCCUGUGGGAUGUGCUGUGGAGUGCACUUACUGCUUCGCAGAGUUUGUUUUCACAGACGCAGAUAUGUAGAGCAGAUAAGGUCUUCUUCCCACAGAGGAGAAAUGAUAAGAGCAAAGGCGUGAGCAUAUAGGUGAGGAUCAUGAAAUAGGUGAUUUCAGUCUUUUUUUUUUUCUUUUUGUAAAUUGAGUGUUUGUUGAUGUUUCCUCCUGGAGGGCUGAAUGUAAAUUAGAAUGGAAUGGACUAUUCAUUAAAUGAUUUGCUCUAAAACUA